UUUAUGUGCAUUACAAAUAAUCAAAAUGAAAUUCCUUCCCCACCUCGGAAUUUUCGCUGCACAGAUACUCACCUUUUUCCAAGUUGCCUUCGUACUUGGAAACAUUGACGCACCUGGACAGCAUUUAUCAAUCCGUAAUGUUGCCUUACUUUGGAAAUUGUCCACCGCCUCUGUGCCAUACCUGGAUUUUAACGUUAGUCUCAACGAGAUUAACACAACACUUCACAUUUUCAUGUUCAAGAUGUCGAAACCCCCAGUGCUAGAGGAGAAUGAGAUUGACACGAGUUGUCUUAAAUACGGUCCAUCGGCCCACACUGACCUGACACCCACCCAUCUGAUCAGCUUGGUCAAAGUUUGUUGCAUUAAACUGUUUUAUCGUGACGAAAUUCGACUCAAUUUGGAUGACCCCCCGGAAAUAGAUCUAGCGGAUCCAGAUGAGUUAGUUCUCACGGCAAUUGAUGAGCUUCCCCGUAAAGUUGGUGGGGUUUUGGGAAUCAGAGACGUGAUCAGACGUGAUAUCGGAAUCGGAAAUCAUGACGAGAGAUAUCUUCCUUUGUUUACGAUGAUGGUUGAUUACGAAGAUUACACAGGGGCUACGCAAACCUCUAAAGUCUGUUUCCCUAUAUCGACCAGGUUGGAAUUUUUGAUCGAAAACGAACUUGAACCCGAAAUUUGGGAUUGUCGCCCCAUGUGUGUGUACACUGAUGUCGCGGAAUUUUCAAAUUUUCGCUUCGAUGAUGCAGAUGACUCCGACCUCAUUGAAAAUGUGUGGGACUGUCUUCGUCAAAGAGUGUUGGAUGAUCCAGUCGCAUGGCUGGAGGAUCUGAAGGUCAUGGCGGAACUCAAGGGACUAGUAUCACCAACCGAGUUGACCGUAAACGACGUACAACUUGAGUGGAGACCAUGUGAAAAAGGGUCCAAUUAUCUUGACAUGGUCGUCCAAGUAGAAGAAUUUGGAAACGAAGGGGACAAAAUCAGGAGGAAGAUGAGAAUUCAUGCAGCUAUAAUAGAAUUAGGAGUUCCGUUAAGGAACCCAGAUUUAGAGUAUCCCACCUGCUUGUUCAUGUUUGAUGACGACGAUCAGUCCAAGCUCACGCCCAUUUUGAUCACGGUGACCAAGAUGUGCUACACAAUAAUGCGUGACAAAGAAUUGGGAGGGGAUCUGGGUGGGGUACCUAUCGCAGUUAUGGCCAAUUUAACGAACGAAGGUUACAAAACAAGCGGCAAAAUAGAAACCUCGAUAAGUCUGAAUGAUCCGGGAAAUCGGAUGACUGAGGUGCUAAACGCGUUACGGAGGAAACCCGGUAAGGUUACACGAGUGAAGGACUUAUUCACGCUGUACAUCCCAAACCAAGUGAGCGGGGAGGAUGAACCUAUUCUGAAGUAUACUGUUGACUAUGAGGAUUACGAAGGUUACAUACAUAUUUACCUAAAAAAAUUUAAGUUUAAAUUUACGACAUAUCUCACUGGUGUAAAUUUUGUAAUUUAAAUGUAAAUGGAAAAUCAUAAGUAAUUUUGACAUUCAAGUUUACGUAGAAGCUGUUCUUCGUAAAUGCAUAAUUUCUGUAGAAACGACAUUUUCGUGAAGCAGCUAAUUUAGCAAACAAAUAAUAAUUAAAGUACUUGGAACUUGAGUUUAGAAAUCCUUUAUUCAAGAGUGAGACUUACAUAAGAAACGUACAUACAGUCAGCAAAAAAAGUGAAUACACCUUUAUGUAUUUUUUAUUACGGUACAGUACGUAGCCGUGCACUUAGCGAUUAGAAAUUCCGCACGCAGUUGUGUAUUUAAAGCAUAUAUGCACUUUCUACAUAUAUGCUUUUGCAUAUUGCAAAUAGUUGAAUUUCGCCGCAGUCACGAUUUUGGCCUCAAAAUCGUUUUUGGCGAAAAAUUCCUGUGGGCGUCAAAAUAUCGUCAUAUUAUAGCUGAUUUUCUUUGUAAGCCCUUGUAGUUUCCAAUACAAAAUAUUAGAAAGUCCAAAAAAAUUAUCCAUUGAGUUUUAUUUUUGGACUCUCAUUGUGAAUUGCUAAAAAAUUCUGACAUUUGACCUGUCGGUUAGGGCAUCCAAAAUCGGUUUUUCCGAUUUUGUAAAACCGGUUUAAAACCGGUUUUCGAGCUACCCGAAAACCGGUUUUAUAAUUUUCUAAAAAACGCGAUACUUUUUGAUCGAUAAAUGCCCGUAUCAAAGUCUGUUUAAGUAACCCACGGCUAUGUGUACAUUAUUUUUAAUUUCUUAAUUGCAACUGUUAAUAAGGGAAAAUUUUCAUUUCCUUGUACGUUAUCCUGCAUGGUUGUACAGAUACGAGUAUAGUUAUUGUAUUGUGUUUAUCUUCCGUGAUCCAAAUUGACCAUAUGAAAAGUCCAGCUAUAUAAGUAAUUAAGUAAGUACUUACAUGUGCAUGACAACAGUUCUGAUGUUGAUCAUACUAACAUACAUAUGUACAUAUAAUCAUAUCUACCAGCUUGCAAAGACUCCUACGGCUGUAACAAGUGACAAUUCGAUUGAAUAAUUAUUCGCCAAAUAAGUUAUAAAUAAGGUGUGACGGGCGCAAAUGGGGCCAUGGCAUCAAACCACUUCAGGGUUUUCGUAGACUCAUAGGGUACUCCAACAUAUGCAAGGUGCAUCAAGAUCUGAAGAUAACAUGUAGAGGGUCUGUCCUCCUAAGAAAUGAUAUGCCAACGAGGUGAAUCCUAUUUAAUAAUUAACUUAACAACUGCCACCUUGAUUAAGAUUUGAAAAUUGAUUGAAAGUGACACAUAUCAAGAAUUUAGGGUUUAUGAUUAUAAUGAAACAAAUAUUUCAUUAUAGUGCUUUCAUCUUAAAUCAGAUUUGGAUUGAUUAAUUAUUUACGAGUGCGUGCACGCCUACAGCCAAUUAUUUUGAAGGUUUGACAAUUAAACCAUGACGAACGAACAGAAAAAUUCACACUGUGAAUUUCACAGUCGUAUAUAUGUACAUCUGAAAUUACGGAAUCUUUACGACCUUUUCAUUCAAAUGAAAGGAAAUUCGUUUAUCUUUUUCAAAAAUCCGCAAUUCGGAUGAAAUGAUCAAAAUCCGCACGGAUUGUAAUUUUCUAACUCUGAGAUAGAGACUAAAAUACGUA